AUGGAAAGGGGCCAGAGUGGCCCACGGACGCCGGCCGUAGGCACAGGCGUGGCGGGAGGACGUUCGGUCUCACUCAACGCCAACAACCUGCACGCCGCGCUCAGCAGGCGCGAGUCGGCGUCAGACGACUCGUAUGAGUACGCCGAUUCGCUCCACGACUCUGCAGACAGUGCGGCACUCGACAACGAGUCAGACUCCAGCUCCGACUACUCGUACUCGACCUCGUCGAGCUCAUCGACGCCGGCGGUGAGCACCUCUCCGAGCGAUCCCGAGCUGCCGUCGCCGAUCAAGACCCGCCCGGAGAGCCGUUCACCUGCGUCGUCAUCAAUGUCACCGACCACACUCCCUACGCUGCGAGUUCUCGAUGGCGACUCGGAGCUCAACGCGUCGCGCGAGACGCUGCAGCUCCUGACCUCGGUCGUCCACGCCCGGCGCGCCAUGCAACCGGCUUCCGACGGAGACCUUUCUGGUCCAAGCCUCUCACUCUCGCUAGAUCUCGGCGCAGUCAGCACGGGCGAUGUGGUGACACUUGAGGAGCUGGCAACACCGACGACGGGCUACGCGCCUACGGUGGGCGGGUUUGCAGCGGUGCCCGAGGCGCAAGUCAUGCCCGAGCUGAGCACAACUCCGAGUGAGCGUACCGCUGGCAAGCGGCGGCGAGCGGCCAUGGUGGAGCCGUCGUCGGACCCGUUCAACAGCACGCUUGACUCGUCGCGUGGCCUGCUGCAGCUCGCCCAGUUCAGGUCAACGUUUGAGCUGUGGUCGGCGAGCAAGCCGCGGAUCCCGCUGCAUGACUCGAACUCGCACUCGGAGCUCAGUACCAGCAUCGGUUCGAUGCCGACCAUUGUGGUCGACGGGGGGUCUUCGGACAGUCACCUUGACCCUGGCCUCUCGGUGGCGGAUCUAGAGGCGCUUGCGGUCCACAAGGCCAAGACGGUCGAUGAGACACACGGCGCGCUGCGGGCGUUCUGGGACGAGACGGCCGACAACGACACCAACGUGCGGUACACUAUCUCGCAGUCGGAAGGAACGCGGAUCAAAGCAGCCAACCUCAACAAGAUUGUCCACCAUCUGACGACCGAGUCGGGCGCGGUCGACCCGUUCUCGUUCUUUUGCUCGUACCACUACAUUGUCUCCUCGGAGAUGCUCCUUGCCAAGCUGGUAGAAAAGUUCCGCAUGCCAGAGGUCAAGGUCUCGUCGUGCCUGUUGGCCAAGACCAUUACCGACGCAGUGAUAGUACCAGCCAAGCUCACGGUACUUGACACCAUCCGGUUCUGGCUCCUGUCAUAUUUUGUGGACGACUUUGCGCGAGUGCCCGAGCACUACGAGCGGACACUUGCCUUUAUCCAGGCCGUCGCGUCGUCGGCUGACGAACACCUGCUCGUCCGCUCUCCGGCCAUCCAGCUGCGCAACUUUCUCGGCCGCCACACUCCCGAGCACUUUCGCGCCGAUCCAGCAGCCUUUCUUGCAGGCCUCGACAUGGACGACCUCGUUGCGUCUAAGUGGCUGCACGACCCUCGAGAUGCGCUCGACACAAUUGACCACGACCUUCCUGUCGUGCAGAUUCACUCGCCGGCGUCAUUGCGAAGCUCGUCGACCAAUCUGCCUGCGCUUGCCACGCUGUCAGCGACAACUCUGCGGCCGACAGCGUCAGAAUCAGACGUGCGCGCAAUGUCGCUGAGCGGGUCGACGUCACCUGUGCCCCAGCGCGAGCCGUCACCGGCGCCGCACGACUCGCGCAAGCGAUCGCACUCGAUUUCACUCUCGGCACAAACUGCGGUUACCCCCAACGACAUGCUGCGGCUCUCAAUGUCGGCUAUCAAGGAGGAGCACUCUGAGGUGGCGUCGGCGGCGGCGGCGGCGCUGGCCGAAAAAGACAAGGCUGCGGAUGGCAACGACGACGACGACCUGCCGCCGUCGAUGUUCAAGCGCAAGUUUUUUGGGACCGACGACCUCGAUGCGCCGCCGUCGUUUUCCAAGGCUCAUCCUGUCGAGCUCGCCCGCCAGCUCUGCCUCGUCGAGUCUGAGCACUGGGCGGCGAUCCGGCCGCGCGAGUUCCACGCCCUCGCCUGGUCCAAGGCCUCGAUGGCGCACCGGGCGCUCAACAUCCUGCGCAUGAUCGAGUCGUUCAACACCACGGUCUCGUGGUGUUCGGGCCUGGUCAUCGCUCCACAAUCGCGCAAGGAGCGGGUCAAGGCUCUGACGCAGCUUGUUCGCAUGGCGUGGGAGUUGCGCAAGCUCGCCAACUACCACUCGCUCAUGGCCAUCCUCGCCGCGCUCAACUCGCAUGCCGUUCAGCGGUUGACCGAGACCUGGGCCGGUGUCAAGAAGAAGGUCCUCACCAAGCUGGCCAGCCUCAACACAGUCAUGUCCAUGUCCAAGUCGUUCAAGAACUACCGUGCCGAGGUCGCGUCGCUCCCACCGGGCUCGCCGCUCAUCCCUUACCUCGGCAUCUACCUCUCCGACUUUACCUACAUCGACAACAUGCCGACCUUUAUCAGCGACUGCCCCGGCCUAGUCAACUGGUCCAAGAUCGAGAUGCUUGGCAAGCAGAUUUCUGGCAUGAUCGAGCAUCAGGUUGCACCUUACCGCUUCCGGGUCGUGCCGUCAAUCCGCAAGCUGUUUGACCUCUACGCGCUCGCCUGCCUCACCUCAGACCAACUGCUGGCCAUGUCCAAGGCAAGAGAGCCUCCGGCACCCAAGUAAAAGCCGAGCGCCC